GCCAAUAUUAUUUUUGUUGCAAAUUGUUGUGAAGUGAUCGAAUUUUUAAUUACUUAUAAAUAAUUUCACUACACGUGCUUGCGAUUGUUAAAUUUUCAUACUAUACAUCUUACGUGACAGCUGUCUAUAUUAUUAUUUUAAAAUCUUCGGUAAUAAACGUGUGCAAUGUAAUGUGAUAGUUGAUUGAAUCUUCCUGUCUGUGUAGCAAGAGUUAAAACUAGUUACCAAACAUGAAAUCUAGUAAACGAAGGCUUCAGGCACUCGCAGAGGGUUCCGAAGGUUUAUCCAAUUAUUUAAAAAUGGAAGAUUCUGAGACAUCAAUUCCACCUGUCUUUAGAUCACGAUUGCACGAAUUAUUUUCUCAGAUAGAAAAAGAAUUUGACCUUCUCUACUCGGAAAAUUUGAAUUUGCAAGAGAAAAUUGAUAUUUUAAGUGAAAAACUUGAGAGAGAGAGUUGUGUUGGUGACAAACAAAAUGAUUAUAUUGAAUUUGAGACAUCAGGAAAAAAUUCUAAAGCAAAAAUAUCGCAGAAUAACUCGCAAAAAGUGAAAACUAGCCAUAAAUUAAGAGUGCAGACUAGUAAGAUUGUGUCGAGUUUCAAGGCACCAACAUAUAGUUGCCAGCUUGUUAGAGAAUUCACUGGGCACAAGGAUGGUAUCUGGGAUGUCUCAUCAGCAAGACCCGGUCAAGCACUCUUUGGAACUGCCUCAGCAGAUCACACUGCCUGCGUAUGGAGCGUAGAGUGGGGAAAAUGCUUAUUGCAGUACACUGGCCACUCCGGUUCAGUCAACUCUAUCAAGUUCCAUCCAAGCAGAGACAUUGCGCUCACUAGUAGUGGUGAUAAUACUGCUCAUGUAUGGCAAGCUGCUGUUAAUUGGGAUUUACCGCGUGGCCAAUCUUCAGAGGAAGAACUUGAAGGUGGCGGAGAAGAGAGCCUUGGAGAGAGCGACAGGCCAGAAGUACUCCGGACUCCACUCACAGAGCUAACAGGACAUUUGGGUGUGGUGGUAGCGGCAGACUGGCUGACGGGUGGCGAUCAUGUGAUCACUGCAUCGUGGGACAGAACGGCUAACUUGUAUGAUGUCGAAACAGGAGAUUGUCUGCAAAUAUUGACAGGUCACGAUCACGAACUUACGCACGCGUCCGCACACCACAGUUCGCGGCUAGUUGUUACCGCGUCGAGGGACACAACCUUUCGACUGUGGGACUUUAGAGAGCCGAUACAUUCCGUGUCCGUGUUCCAGGGACAUACUGAGAGCGUCACAUCCGCUGUUUUCACGCGAGAGGACAAAGUCGUAUCUGGAUCAGAUGAUCGGUCAGUUAAGGUGUGGGACGUGCGCAACAUGCGUUCAGCACUAGCCACCAUCAGGUCGGACUCGUCAGUGAACAGGGUGUCGGUGAGCGGCGGCGGGCUGAUAGCCAUCCCGCACGACAACCGGCAGGUGCGGCUGUUCGACCUGCAGGGCCAGCGGCUGGCCCGACUGCCGCGCUCCAGCAGACAGGGCCACCGUCGUAUGGUAACAUCGGUAGCGUGGGCGGAUGACAUGACGUCGAACAUAAACUUCUUCAGCUGCGGUUUCGACCGGCGCAUACUCGGCUGGUCGGUGCAGCCUUCCAAGGAGAACUGA